AUGGGGCUCUUCGAUCUGUUCGGGGGAUGGGCCGAGCCAGAUAUUCCGUCGCAGGAGGGCCGGACGGUGCUCGUCACGGGCGGCAACUCCGGCCUGGGCCUGGAGACCGCACGUGUUCUGUACAAGAAGGGCGCGAACGUCAUCAUCACGUCUCGCUCGAAGGACAAGGCCCUGAAGGCCGUCGAGCACGUACAGAAGAGCGGCAGCGGGGGGUCGGGCAAGGGCUCGGUGUCGUACAUGCUGCUGGACCUGAGCGAACCUGAAGAUAUCGACAAGUUCGCGGCCCAAUUCAAGUCCAAGCACAAGAAGCUCAACCUGCUCAUCAACAACGCGGGCGUCAUGAACAUCCCGACCCGCACCGUCAACUCGCGCGGCUGGGAGACUCAGAUGGCCACGAACCACAUCGGCCACUUUUUGCUCACUCGCCACCUCCUGCCGCAGCUCGAGGCCGCGACCAAGGCCGAUCCGCAGGUCCGCAUCGUCAACCACAGCUCGAUGGCGCACCGGAUCAUCUCUGGAGCCUCUGCGAAGGCCGGGGGCGUGCGCGUGGGCCCUGGUUUCGCGCCCUCGUAUGACGGCCGGAAAGCGUACAACCCCUGGGAGGUGUAUUGCGAGACGAAGAUGGCCAACGUGCUCUUCACGCGCGAGCUGAACAACCGCCUGUCCGGCAAGAAGUCCAAGGUCGUUUCGACCGCGGCCCACCCGGGCUGGACGGCGACGAAUCUGCAGAAAAACUUCGCGGAGCGAAUUGGGACAAUGCUGCUCGGACAGCACGUCGUGACGGGCGCGCUCGCGCAGCUCAGGGCCGCGACGGAUCCCGGCGCGAAGGCGAACGACUACUUCGGCCCGUGGAGCGUAGUGUGGGGCAGGCCGACGCUCAACGCAACACACCCCGUGUCCCAGCGGAACGAGAACGCGAAGAAGCUGUGGAACAUGACGGAGCAGUGGACCGGCGUCAAGUUCCUGUGA